CCAGUAUGCCUGGAGCUACUGAGCAUGACUAUUGCCAGAGAAACACUUCAGGUGCUGGUGUGAAUCUAAAUCGGGAAAAUGGAUCAAAUACAAAUGAAGAUCUAAUACAUCAAAUACAAACAAGCAAAGGAGGUGCAAGAGGUUCGAAGGGAAAAACGAAAAAAAAGGAUCUUCCAAAAUGGAUUGAAGUUGACGCAGACUCAAGUGAAAAACCACCGGUAAUAUGGGAUGACGUCGAACCUGAACUAGGGGAAAUUCAAACCCCAAUAGAUUAUUUUAGAUAUUUUUUUGACACAGACAUUUUGGACAGUAUGGUAAAUCAGUCCAACCUUUACAGUGUCCAGAAAGACCCAAACAAGCCACUAAACAUGUCAAAGAAUGAACUAGAGCAGUUUUUGGGGAUUUGCGUUGGAAUGUCUAUUUACCGCUUACCACGAUCAAGAAUGUUUUGGGCUAAAAAUACGAAUGUGGAAAAAGUCAGCUCAGUAAUGUCACGAAACAGAUGGGAAGAAAUAAAAAGAAACAUUCAUUGUAACGACAACGCCAACAUUCUACCAGUUGGACAUCCAGACAGAGACAAAUUAUUCAAAGUAAGACCACUUAUCGAUCAUUUUCAAGCAAAGUUUCAAGCCUUACCAAAGCCACAGAUGCUAUGUGUGGAUGAACAGAUUGUGCCAUUCAAAGGAAAAUCGGGACUGAAACAAUACAACCCUAAGAAGCCUUAUAAGUGGGGUUAUAAACUGUUUAUACUUUGUGAUACCACAGGUUUGGUUCACAAUUUCGAAGUAUACACUGGACACAUUGAACCUGUGACAGGAGCUCCUGAUCUGGGUGCGAGUUCGAAUGUUGUUUUGAGAAUGACACAAGUUGUCCCAAAGCAUAAAGGAUAUUUAGUAUAUUUCGACAACUGGUUUGCCUCACUUCGGUUAUUUACUACUUUGGCACAAGAUGGAAUCGGAGCUUUAGGAACAAUCCAGAAGGAAAGGUUUCCUGGGCUAACUUUUCCCUCAGACAGUGAAAUGAAACAGAAUGGAAGAGGUUCUCUGGUGGAAGUUGAAGUAAAUUUCGAAGGUGUGGAUGUGCGAGCUUUGAAGUGGUUGGACAACCGAGGUGUAACAAUCGCCAGUACUUUUGAGAGUGCAAUGCCUGUCUCUCAAAUUACAAGAUUUGACAGAUCAUCAAAAAGAAAUGUAGACGUGCCUUGUCCUAGAAUGAUAAAGACAUACAACAAAUUCAUGGGAGGAGUGGAUCUUCUAAAUGGGCUGAUAGCGUACUACAGGAUAAAAAUAAGAUCAAAAAAGUACUACCUGAGACUUAUUUUUCAUUUUGUUGACAUGGCUAUUGUGAAUGGGUGGUUGAGGUACAGAAAUGAUUGUCACAGGAGAAACCUUCCAAAGAAGUAUAUUGUGGACCUGCUUGAGUUCAAAAGUGAAAUCUUCAGUGCUUUAUGCAGGGAAGGAAAGGAUAGUGAGAGAAAAAGAGGACGCCCUUCGUAUGACAGAGUGGAUGCUGAUUAUGAACAAAAGAAGCAUCGAGGCCCAGCAAAACCUAUUCCAUGCUUCAACGAGAGAAGAGAUGGCAUUGGUCACUGGCCAAUCGCCACUGGAGAUAGGCAGAGGUGCAAGAAACCUGGAUGUAAAGGACAGAGUACAAUUAAGUGUGGAAAAUGUCAAGUACAUCUUUGCCUAACUAAGGAAAGAAACUGCUUCACUUCAACUUUUCAUAUAUAAUAGAGUUUGUGGUCUUUGGUACAUGAAGGAAGCUGUUUUUACAAGUUAUCUUUAUAGUCAUAAGCUUUCUUGCAUUGUAUUUUUACAAAUAGUCACAAGUAAAACACA